CUCCGCCUCCGAGCUCUGGGAAACAACCCCCCACCCGGGAAACACCCACCUCCCACCCCCCGCUUGCGCGCCUCUUCGGCUGAGGCCAAACGCCUGGAGUGGGUUAGGGUUAGGGUUAGGCAAGCAGGGCUAGUGGGUGAGGGUCUGAGAGGCCGAGGUGUGGCCCGCCCGACUUCUGCCACGCGGAUCCGACUGCACUGGGCGAUACGAUGGAGAAUAGGUGCUACGGCUGCGCCGUCAAGUUCACCCUCUUCAAGAAGGAGUACGGCUGUAAGAAUUGUGGCCGGGCCUUCUGUUCUGGUUGCCUUAGCUUCAGUGCAAUGAUCCCCCGAACUGGCAACACCCAACAGAAAGUCUGCAAGCAAUGCCACGAGGUCCUGACCAGAGGGUCUUCUCCUGCCAAUGCCUCCAAGUGGUCACCACCUCAGAACUAUAAGAAGCGUAUAGCAGCCCUGGAAGCCAAGCAGAAGCCCAGCCCUCUCCAGAGCCAAGGGCUGACCCAGCAAGACCAAGUCAUCGCUGAGCGCCUAGCACGGCUCCGCCAGGAGAAUAAGUCCAAGACAGUGCCCUCACAGGCAGAGAUAGAGGCACGGCUGGCUGCACUGAAGGAUGAAUCCCAGGGUCCCAUCCCUUCCACCCAGGAGAUGGAGACUCGGCUUGCAGCAUUGCAGGGCAGAGCUCCACCUUCUCAGACCCCUCAGCCGGCACAUCAGACACCAGACACCAGAACACAGGCUCAGCAGUCACAGGAUCUGCUAACACAGCUGGCAGCUGAGGCAGCUAUUGAUGAAAGCUGGAAACAAGGAGACACAGGUGUGGCCUCUCUCCAGAAUGACCUCAACCAGGGUACUGAAGGGAGCCAGCACACUAAGUCCCUGGGGCAGGCCAUCUGGUCCCUGGAAGAAGAGAAGAGCAGGCUUCUGGCUGAGGCAGCAGUUGAGCUACGGGAGGAGAACACCAGGCAGGAGCGGAUCCUGGCCCUUGCCAAGCGACUGGCUGUGUUGCGGGGACAGGACCCUGACAGAGUGAGCCUCCAGGACUACCACCUCCCAGCCAGUGAUGAGGACGAGGAUGAAGAGACUGCCAUCCAGAGAGUCAUGCAGCAGCUCACUGAGGAAACUGCCUUGGAUGAGGCAAGUGGCUUUAACAUCCCUGUGGAGCCAGCACCCCGACACUGGGCCCAACCCUGGAAGGCACAGCCUGAGUCCCUGAAGGUCCAGCCUGUGGCUCCUAGGCCUGAGGCUGAGGAAGAGGAGCUCCCCUGGUGCUGCAUCUGCAAUGAGGAUGCCACCCUACGCUGUGCCGGCUGUGACGGAGACCUCUACUGUGCCCGGUGCUUCCGAGAGGGCCACGAUGCCUUUGAACUUAAAGAGCACCAGACAUCUGCCUAUCGUUCCCCACAUGCUGGCCGAGAGCACUGAGAAAACCCCAGUUCUCCUGGGCAGACAGCCCUGUAGGCAGCCUGCAGGCUGGCACCCCCAGCCCUAGGCCAUCCAGUGACACAGCAGCUCAGGCUCUACUGAUGAUGGGUGUGCCCCUGCUGAGCCUUGGUGUCCCUGGAAGGAGGAAGAGUUUCAUGUGAGACGAUUGGAGGAGCCUGAGAGAAGGACAAAUAGAGGCCCUUCUCCAGGAAUCCUGGACUGAAAGUGAGAGGCCUGAUAGAAAAGACCAAAUUGAAUCUAAAGAUGAGCCCUGUAGCCAGGCUUCAGGGCCCAGGGCCUUCCCUGGUGUGUAGUGGAUCUAAUAAAGUAUGCUGAU